AUGUACGCCUCCUCCCAGCGCCGCGGCCACCACCGCAAACGUCUCUCCGCCCUGCGCCUCUCCUCAGACUCGACCGUGACCACCCUGCCCGUCUACACCUCCCCGCCUAGACAUAGACACCCCGAUCUGCCCGAGAUUCCCUCGGAGCAGCCCCCGGCGUACCCAGACAGCGCAGAAGAGGCCGACGAAGACACCGACCCCAGCGACUCGGACGUCUUCAUCCCCAGCCUGCCCCCUAGCCUCCCUGCCUCCCCGCGGCCCACCUCCCGCCGGCCCCGCCUCACCCGCGGCCACCGCAGGCAGCAGAGCCUCGCGAGCGCAAGCGACCCGUACCUCGACUCCCUCCUCGAACGCAGCGUGCACGCGCUCGAGAUGUCCAACGCCCUCUUGCAGUCUUCCAUGUCCACCCAGUCCAGCCUGUCUGCCGUGCUCGCUGAUGACCGCGACGUAGAUCGCUCUAUCGAGCAGAGAACUGAGGCACUCACGUCGCGCAUGCGGAAUAACAGGGACAUGCACGAGUCUUGGAUGGACGACCUCGAUCAAAUUUCCCGCGGCGUCGAGGGCCUUGUGCGCGGCGAAGAAGAGCAGGAGGAAGACGCGGAUGAUCGUGCUGAAGCGGACCGGGCUCGCCUACAAGAGCCAAUCAGCCAGAGCCUGCCCACUGGCGGUCUAUCUGAACGCAUGCAAAGGCGGCAGCUCAGGCGGGCGUCGCAGGAUUUCCGCCCGGAAGCAAGCUCAAGUUCGAGUUCGAACCUACAACUCUCCACCCACGACAGGAGCGCGUUCGUUGCCCGCGCCCCGCGUGCGCUCACGAUGUACAUCGACUCCUCCGAGGCUGCCGAUGCGAUUGCGCUCCCAUCGACGCUCGGGGUGCGGCCGGCUGCGCGGCCAAUGCUCACGCCGCUGCCAUCUCAAACAUCUUUCACCUCCGUGAGCACCGAGGCGGAAUCGCCCGUAGCGGACGAACAGCCGAGGCGCGUGGUGGACAUGCUCGCGUCCUUCGUGAUGCCGCGUUCGUCUUCUUCCGUGUCUUCCUCGCCGUCAAAUUCGUCCCUCCUGCGGCGCCGCGAUUCGAGCAGCAGCAGCUCUCGCACCGUCAAGAAGCCGCGGGCCUCGAAAUCGCCUCCGCCAGCGUUGCAGCUCGAUACCCCUGGUGCAGCCUCGAGCAGCAGUCGCCGUUCGCGCUCUCUCACCCCGAAUCACGGGUCCCCCGUGAUUCGGCAGUCCCGGCCGCUCACGCCUCCCAUCGAAGAGCUCUCGACGUCAUCGACGUCCUCGGACUCGACCUCCUUGCACGUAGAACGUACCGUGGACUCUCUUCGCCAGAUCCUCGAGAAACAACGGAGUGCGCAGCGCAAGGGAUCGACGAGCUCCGCGCCGCCACCUCUGCCCAGACCUUCCCUGCUAUCCACUCCUAGUGUGGCGCCGAUCGCCGGCACGUCGACCGCGACCGCGUCCGUGUCGCGUCUAUUCACGAAGAACCGACAUACAACAACACGUCCGCCUUCGCCACCCAAACAGUCCUCAAUGAAGGGCCGCUCGGCCCCUUCUACGCCUAUCACCCCACUAACGCCCGCCCUCCAUACCCCCUCCACAUCAUUGCUCAACGUUCCCGAUGUUUUUGGACAAAUGCUCGGCGUACGACCCCGCAGCGGCACUUCCUCCGGCGCCUCUACCCCCAAGCGCAUCUCCUUCGCAGAACCCCCCGAGCCGUAUUCGAGCUCGAAGCCCGCCGGCGCGUCCUCCAAGUUCCACAAGGGCAAGUCCAAAGCCAAGGAGCGCGGACGCGCGAAGGGCAAGGGCAAAGCGCGCGAGGGCAGCGGUGCAGACAGCGACAGCGAGAAGACCGGCUGGUGGACGGGCUGGCUGCUCGGUGCCGCGGGUGCAGGUAACGCGAGCGGGUUGGGUAUGGGCGUCGGCCGUGCCCGCUCGGAAGAGCGUUAUGCGUAUCCAGGCGCGCGCAGCGCAGGCACGGGCGGGAGCUCGUGGUCUACGCGGCCUGGCUUUGGGAACAGCUUGGAAGAGUGGGGAGCAUAA